UUCUUCAUUUCCUCACUUCUCACUCACUUCCUCUCUCUACUCCAUAAAACCCCCUUUUUUUUCCCACAAAAAAAUAAAAUAAAAAUGACUUGCUCAGAAUUAUUACAAUCUUCAUCUUCAACCUCUGUCAAAAUCAUCUCAAAAUCAACUGUUUUUCCUGCAAUUCCUUCCACCAUGGAAGACCUUAAACUUUCAGUUUCAGACCUUCCUAUGCUUUCAUGUCAUUACAUUCAAAAAGGAAAUUUAUUCACUCGUCCAAAUCUUAAUUCAUCAACUUUAAUCUCUCUCCUCAAAGAUUCUUUGUCUACAACUUUAACUCAUUUUCCUGCACUUGCUGGUAGAUUUAUAACUGAUUCACUCGGUUAUAUUUAUAUCACUUGUAAUGAUUCUGGAGUUGACUUCGUUCAUGCUGUUGCGAAGAAUGUUUAUAUCCGUGAUAUUCUCUCUCCUACUGACGUUCCUAACGUCGUUAAAGAGUUUUUCACUUAUGAUCGUGUUGUUAGUUAUAAAGGUCAUUUUCAACCGUUAAUGGCGGUUCAGGUUACUGAGCUUGGUGAUGGUGUUUUUAUUAGUUGUUCUGUUAAUCAUUCUGUUACUGAUGGAACUUCUUUCUGGAAUUUCUUCAAUACUUUUGCUGAAGUUUGUAGAGGAGUUAAAAGAAUUACGAAAUCGCCGGAUUUUUGCCGGAAUUCGGUGAUUAUUUCGCCGGCGAUUUUGAAGGUUCCAGAAGGUGGACCUGUGGUUACGUUUGAUACAAAAGCGCCGAUUAGAGAGAGAAUUUUCAGUUUUAGUAGAGAAGCGAUUUUGGAAUUGAAAUCGAAGGUGAAUAAUCGGAAAUUCUCGAUUUCUGCGGUUGAAUUGAUCGGAAAACAGAGUAAUGAUCCAUGGAAUAGUAACAAAGACGCGAAAAUGGCGUCGAAACUUGAGAAUUGGAUACGAAACGCCGUUGCCGUUUCGAAACCUCAAAGCUUAAUCGAAACGGAAUCAAUGGCGGCAGUUGAGAUUUCCUCAUUUCAAUCCCUAAGCGCGUUGCUUUGGCGGUGUGUUACACGCGCUAGGAAAUUGAACCCGGAGAAAACGACGACGUUUCGGAUGGCGGUUAAUUGUCGUCAUAGGUUAGAACCGAAGCUAAAUCCACUUUACUUCGGAAAUGCGAUCCAAAGCAUACCAACAUUUGCUUCGGCAGAUGAUGUUUUAUCUAAUGACUUAAGGUGGGCCGCGGAGCAAUUGAAUAAAAAUGUGAAGGAUCAUGGAAACGACACCGUUAGGAAGUAUGUGGCUGAGUGGGAGAGUAACCCGAGGACUUUUCCUUUGGGUAAUUUUGAUGGGGCGAUGAUUACAAUGGGUAGUUCGCCCCGUUUUCCGAUGUUUGAUAAUGAUUUCGGGUGGGGGAGACCCGUUGCAGUGCGAAGUGGGUGGGCGAAUAAAUUUGACGGUAAGAUAUCCGCCUUCCCGGGUCGGGAAGGCGGAGGAAGUGUUGAUCUUGAGGUAGUUUUGGCACCCGAGACGAUGGCGGGUCUUGAAUCCGACCCGGAAUUUAUGCAAUAUGUAUCAAGUUAUUAGGCCUAUAUAAUGGAACAAUAUAGUGUGGUGGGGUUGUAAAUUUGAUUUGACCUUGAAGACCAUGAUCGCCAAUGGGUCAAUUGGUGGUGAGAAAUUGAGAGAUGAGGCCUUUUUAAUUUUUACUUAAUUUUUUUUUUACCUUAUUUAAGUUCUUCUUUCUUAACUUUCUAUUGUGCUAUAAUUCUAAUUCUAAUUGCAAUCUUACUUUUACCA